AUGCUCUCUAAAGCCAAGAAACUGAGGACUCUGAUGAACACCUACUGGAUGCUGUGUGACGCUGUACACCAGGCUAAUGUCUUUUACGGUGAUCAGCUGAUGGCCGUUAUCUUCACUGCAUUUGUCCACAUCACUAUCACGUCUUACUACUUCUUCUUGUACUUCGGAAUGGUUAAAGUGUUCGCAUACAUUAGUGGUGGAGCUUGGAUCCUGAUCCACAUUUGUUACAUGGUUGUCUUAAUAAACUCAAGCACGGACGUCAUUAACUCGGCUGAUGAGACAGGAAUGUUGAUCUCCAAGUUUAUGAACAAAGAUCUGGAUCCAAUUUUGAAGAAACAGUUGGAAGGGUUUCUUCUCCAGUUGCCUCAUCACAACGCAAGAUUCUCUGCUCUUGGAUAUUUCCAGAUUCACAACGAGACUCUCACAGCUAUGGCUGGAGCGGUGACAACUUACCUGGUGAUUCUGAUCCAGUUCCAGACUCAGCCAUCAUCCACCUAG